AUGGCUCGCCACACACCCAAUGGCAUUGUCCAAGCAAUGCAAUCAUUGCGAAUUAGCAAUUCAUUAGCAUCACGUCCUAAUAUCCCUUCUCUUCGUUAUGCCGCUCGCAAAUAUGCAACCGAAGUCCAACCCGAAUCCGCAACCGAGACCGCGAUCGAGACCGAGAUCCAGAUCGAGGCCGAGGCUUCAAUGCAGACACAAAAAGUGAAGGCUGCCCCGGCAAUCAACUUCGAGAAAUUCAACAUCGCUCCUGCCCGUAUCAUUCCCGCAUCUCCCUCCUACUUCUCCGGCAGUCCGCGAUUCAUCGACCAUGUUCUCCGUCUGGAGGCCCUAAAAGCCAAAUUCGCUCACCUACCCAUCGUUGAUGCGGCGGAGGCACCCCGUAUGGCUUGGCUCAAGCUUGCACAGUUCCGUGAUUUCGUCGGCGAGCCUGUGCCUGUCAAGAAAUACAAGAGUUUGCUCAAGAUUCUGCAGCAAAUGAACCGUAUCGCGCCGGAUAUGGUUCCCGGGGAAGUGCGUGAGUCACUGACUGCCUUCCUGCGACCCGGUAACCCAUACUCCACACAACAUUCUCCGCGCGAGGUGGAUGAGAUGGGUCGUGCGCGAGCCAAGGGCAAGCGUAAGGAGUCGACUGCUGUGGUGCAGUUGGUGGAGGGCGAAGGCGAGGUUCUUGUGAACGGCAAGAGCUUGGUGGAGGUUUUCCAGCGUCUGCAUGAUCGUGAGAGCGCUCUGUGGCCUCUGCGAUGUGUUGAUCGUCUUGAUAAGUAUAAUGUUUGGGCUACGGUGCACGGUGGUGGUGUGACGGGUCAGGCUGAGGCUAUUACCUUGGCGAUUGCGAGGGCAUUGUUGCUGCAUGAGCCAGGCCUGAAGUCCUCAUUGCGGAAGGCUGGUGUCAUCACUGUCGAUGCCCGUCGUGUGGAGAGAAAGAAGGCGGGUCACGUCAAAGCUCGCAAGAUGCCCACCUGGGUCAAGCGUUAA